UGGAUUUGGCUCCCUCAUUUCCAACAUGGAAGAAACUUACAUCGAUACCCUGGACCCUGAAAAGCUAUUACAGUGCCCCUAUGAUAAAAACCAUCAGAUCAGGGCCUGCAGGUUUCCUUAUCAUCUUAUCAAGUGCAGAAAGAAUCAUCCUGACAUCGCAAACAAACUGGCUACUUGUCCCUUCAAUGCUCGCCAUCAGGUUCCUCGGGCUGAAAUCAGUCAUCAUAUCUCAAGCUGUGAUGACAAAAGCUGUAUUGAGCAGGAUGUAGUCAACCAAACCAGGAACCUUGGACAAGAGACUCUGGUUGAGAGCACAUGGCAGUGCCCUCCUUGCGAUGAAGACUGGGAUAAAGAUUUGUGGGAACAAACCAGCACCCCAUUUGUCUGGGGCACAGCCAGCUACUGUGUCAACAACAGCCCUGCAAGCAACAUAGUUAUGGAACAUAAGAGUAACCUGGCUUCAGGCAUGCGCAUUCCCAAGUCUCUGCCGUAUGUUCUGCCAUGGAAAAACAAUGGAAAUGCACAGUAACUGAAUAUCUAUCUCAUCAAAUGCCAGACCCUAGAAGACUCUUGUUUCUUCCUGCUACAGUGGGUUCUUCAUUUUUUUUUCUCCUAAUCUAAUUAUAGAAAGAUAAAUUGUCUGUAACUU